CAGCGGAGCGAGAGGAGCGAGAGGAGCGAGCGGCUGCAGCGCCGGCGGGACACGGGGCUGCUGCAGGUGACAGCCUCAGGUGAGGAUCCAGUGGGGACUGUGACAGAUGACAGCCCCAGGUGAGGAUCCAGUGUGUGUUGUGACAGAUGACAGCUCCAGGUGAGGAUCCAGUGGGGACUGCGGCAGAUGACAACCCCAGAAAUUGAAGCCAGAGAAGCCUGCGACUGGCUGAGAGCUGCUGGAUUUCCCCAGUAUGCUCAGCUGUUUGAAGAUAUGCAGUUUCCCAUUGAUGUAAAAACUGUGAGGAGAGAUCAUGAAUUUUUAGAUGGAGAUGCGAUUGAAUCACUGUUCAGAAGGUUGAACACAUUGAACAAGUAUGCAUCAAUGAAAGUGGAAAUAAGCCGUGACAGGAAACGGAGUGAUGGCUCUGAGGACGAUGAGCCCUGUGCAAUAAGUGACAGAUGGGCUUAUGAGAGGUGCAGCCAGCGGUGGUCUCGCAUCGGGAGCCUGGCAGCUUUCCCAGCAGAGGAAGGGGCUGCUGCUCCCAGCCCAGGCUCUCCAGUGUUGAGGGCCAUCAACAACGAAGACAGUGUCUGUCUGGAUCAUGGUGAGAAGCACGAUGUGUCCUCAAUUCACAGCACCAGCAGUGCUGACAGUGACAUUGUUAACUCCCAAAAACCUUUUGAAGAUGUGGAAAGCAGCACGAGCUCCUCAAGAUGUUCCUCAGUUAAGGUGCCUUCACUGGACUCUGCUUUCAGUUGUUCUCCUCCCCACAGUGAAUUUUUAAAUAUCACCAGUGAGGAGAAGCUUUUGGAUAAGUCACCCUCUAAAAAGAGGAAGAGCCUUCUAAAGAAAAUGGAGAAGCUGCACUUAAGGAGCUGCAAUUUAAGGAGUGGUCAGUCAAAGGCCAAGCCCAUAAUAAGUGAACCUGUUCUUCUGGAAGGACUUAAUGAAGAAAAGAUGAAGAUGCUGAACUGUGUAAAUAUUUCUGACCUCUCUGGCAUCCGAACAAAGAACAAUUCUUCCUUUUCUCCCCAGAGCUGCCACAGCAGCAGUCAGUCUGCAAACAGCAGCACAGGGAGCACUGCAAGCCCUGUCAUAAAGCCAGGCAGCCCCUGUGGAGGAAGGAGGAUGUGUGCAGAGCACAUGGACACCAGCAAGCUGUUGCUGGGGAAUGAUCUAUCCCAGCAAAACCUAAAAAAUGACAUGACAUUACAGAAGAGCCAGGUGUUUCAAAUACCACAAGGCCAUAAACCUGGCACUUUCCCCACAGUGCUUACAGAUAGCUCCCUGUCUGCAGACAGCUCUUCUGUCAACUGGAGAACUGGGAGCUUCCACGGGUGCAGGAGGAGCAGGAGCAGUUCCAGGGGUGCCAGGAGCCCCGUGCUGGGCAGGGAUCACAGGCUGAGUGUGUAUGACAACAUGCCCAGCCCCGAGCUGCAGGGCCUGGAGCAGGUGGGCGACGACGACGUUUUCUCAGAGCUGAACAGUGUCAUUGCAGAUGUCAAUGGUCUCAAAAAGCUGGUUGAUCAGUGGACAGAGAAGUUCUCAGAUGAUGGGGAUCCCGACUUUACCAGUGACUUGACCUCUUUGUAUCCCCCCUCCCCCAAAGAAAGCUCUGUUGAAGCAGAGGGCUCAGAAGAUAAGGCAGCAGGGGAGGCUGGGGGAGAGAGCAGCUGUGGCCUGGGCAAGGAGAUUGGUUCUGCAGACCUGGAAUACAUCACAGACUCUAAAAAGACCAACAGGCACAGGAAGCAGCACUGGUGUGUGGAAGAGAACCUGGAAAGCCUUUCCCUGCAGGCUGAUGGCCAGUCAGCUGCCCAGCUGGCCCGCACACAAAAGCUGGCAUUGUUGAAACUCACAGCUUUAAUGGACAGAUAUUCCCCUUCCAGCAAGCAGGGCUGGAACUGGACCAUACCAAAGUUCAUUAAAAAACCAAAAGCCUCGGACUACAAGGACAAAAAUGUGUUUGGGGUUCCUUUACUCCUGAAUGUGCAGCGAACGAGCCACCCCCUGCCCAAUGGCAUCCUGCAAGCCCUGGAGUACCUGAGAAGCCACUUUCUUGACCAGGUUGGCCUGUUCCGAAAAUCCGGUGUUAAAUCCAGGAUCCUGUCUUUAAGGGAAAUGAAUGAAACCAGCCCAAACAACGUCUGUUACGAGGGGCAGUCAGCAUUUGAUGUGGCAGAUAUGGUGAAGCAGUACUUCCGAGACCUCCCCGAGCCUAUAUUCACCAGCAGGCUCUGUGAAUCCUUCCUCCACAUCUACCAGUACGUGCCGAAGGACGAGCAGUUUCAGGCUGUCCAGGCUGCUAUCCUCCUUCUCCCAAAGGAAAACAGAGAAGCUUUGAAAAUCCUCCUGUUCUUCCUGCGAGACGUGGUGGCUUUUGUUGAGGAAAACCAGAUGACCCCAACCAACAUCGCUGUCUGUCUGGCGCCUUCUUUGUUUCACCUCAACACCCUGAGGCGGGACAGUUCCUCCUCCUCAACCAGAUCCAGCCAGAGGAAGUGCAGCCUGGGGAAGCCUGACCAGAGGGAGCUGAAUGAGAACCUGGCAGCAACACAGGGCUUGGCCCACAUGAUAAUGGAGUGCAACAGGCUCUUCCAGACUGACUUCCCAGCCUGACCACGGCCUUGCCCGUCAUUAUGGACUUGCCUAGUGAUCCUUAGACUGUGGCUAACCCUGGUUGCUGUCCCUGGACCUGAUCCUGACCUUUCCUGGCUGGCUCACCUCCCUGGCUCCACCUCGGACCUCAUCACCGUGGAUGUGUCUGAUGAUCUUUACUCUUGGCUGACUCUGGCUGCCACCUCUGGCUCAGCUCUGGCAGUGUGGGACAGGGUAGCUGCCCUGCCAGCCCUGUUGUGCCACCUGACCCCGGGCCCCUUUCCCUCAGGGGUGCUGUCCACACUCCAACAGUCAGCUCAGACCUUCUAAUCCUCUGCUCCAGCUGUUUGUCUGGGCAGGGGACACUGCCCCAUGGCCCCCUGCACUGACACAUGGCCCUGCCCCAGGACUCCCCAGCACUGAUUCCUCAACCAGGGCCUGAGUGACACCCCACCCCAGGACAGCUGAGGUUCCCGGGGUCUGAUCCCUGCAUGGCAUCAGUCUCCAGCCCAGACAGGGCUCCUAAAUGCCCCCUCCACUCCCAGCCCAACCAUGGGCCCCUGUUUCCCCAGCAGUGGCCGGAAUCCCUGUGCCCAGCUCUGAGGCCCUGUGGGGUGCCCUGACACCCCUGCCUGCCCUGCACCCUCUGGUCAGCCCUGGCAGCACGGAGCUGGCCCAGUUCCUGGCUGCAUGGCCCCAUGGAACGGCCCCAUGGGAGCUCUGAGCUACCCCUGCACACACAGCCCUGCUGUGACCAUUGCUGACUCCAGCCCUGAGCUCUGGGGCGCUGGGGUCCUGCUGGCGUCACCCCCUCCCUGCCAGGCCAGGCUCUGGGUGCUGGGACUCAGGGAUUGCCUGGAGAGGGCUGUCCCCUUCGGCUGGAGGCCACAGCUCGGCGUGGCAGCCUCUGCCAUGCCCGUGCCUGGAGGAACACCUGGGUCUGCUGCUCUGGACCCAGAGCUGGACUGGUCACUGUGGCCACCACCGGACUGCGGCCGACGCUGCUUCUGCCACUGAGGUGGCCCCGCGAGCAGGACCCAGCUGUCACCGCUGCCACCCAGCCUGGUGUGGCCCAGGUAAAACUGCUGCCUGCCUCCCCACACCACCACAGAUGACAUCAGAGGCUGGUGACCUACUCACACCUGGCACCUAAGGGAACUGCUACAUCCUCUGCACAGGCUUAAUCCCCAGGA